AUGGUUCUCUCUUUGGAAAACAAAAUUUUUCUAAAUUAUAUUUCGAGAAAAUUAAAAUUAAAAGAUCGUCGCCGCUCUACGAGAAAUUUGAAAAGGAGGCUCAGGAGAAAACGCAGCCAAGAACGUUACUACUCGUCAUUACGAAAAAGCAGAUUUAUCAGGGAGGCAGAGGAGCUUUUCACUAGUAUCCAAAUUUUUGAUCCGGCUGAUAUGGAAUGGACAUCAGUGAACAGUGGGCAAGCGUUACCGUCAGAAAUUUUGGAAUGGCAAAACAGGGAUCAAAUUGCAUAUUGGAAGUCCCGAGCUAUAAGUUUAGAGUACGAGAAUCGAAUGCUUAAGCAGCACCUAAGAAAUGUGUAUGCCCAGACUAUAGAAGACUAUUCUAAACAGUGUGAAAUGGAGGACGAUGAUUCCGGUAAAUAUUCGAACAGAUCUGAAGAAAAAAAUCGCCAAAAAAAGGCUAGUUGUAGAACGAAAAAGAAACUGGUUACCCCUAACCUUCCUGAAUCCAAGCAACGAGCUGAUGAUAUGAAGAAACUGUAUGGAGAUAAAUCUCAGAAGAUUAUGGGCAUGGAAACAGCAAUGCAGCUGGAUUUUGAAAGGUGUAAGGAGCAAGGAAAACCAAGCUAUUGGCCAAAUUUGCCAUUGAAGUUGAGAUUUGAGUGA